GAUGGAUUGUGGGAUGUAUACGUGGCAUCGUUCUGAAAAAGAGAGAAGUCGUGGAUUUUGUAUCGUCAUAAUUGUCGACAUAUCUUUUCCACGUUAAGUUAUUAACGUCAAAGCCCUGCUAUGGCGACGUAUCAAGAAUUUAUACAACAAAAUGAAGACAGAGAUGGAGUCCGAUUCAGUUGGAAUGUCUGGCCAUCGAGUCGACUUGAAGCGACAAGAAUGGUAGUACCUCUUGGCUGUUUGUACACACCAUUAAAAGAACGCCCGGAUUUACCACCCAUUCAAUAUGAUCCUAUUUUAUGUACUAGACCAACAUGUAGAGCCAUCUUAAAUCCUUUCUGUCAAAUUGAUUAUAGAGCUAGAAUGUGGGCUUGCAACUUCUGCUACCAAAGAAACCCUUUUCCACCCCAAUAUGCAGCGAUUUCAGAACAACAUCAACCUGCUGAAAUUAUACCACAGUUCUCCACAUUAGAAUACACAAUUACAAGAGCUUCAUGUUCCCCGCCGAUAUUUUUAAUAGUUCUCGACACAUGUAUGGAAGAAGAAGAUCUACAGGCUUUAAAAGAAUCACUACAGAUGUCGCUGAGUUUAUUACCUCCUAAUGCUCUGAUUGGUUUGAUAACCUACGGUAAAAUGGUACAAGUUCAUGAACUAGGAAGCGAAGGCGUUUCUAAAAGUUACGUUUUCCGUGGAACGAAAGAUUUAAAUGCUAAACAAAUUCAGGAUAUGUUGGGUAUUGGAAAAGGCGCUUCGCAACCUCAACAGAAACGUGGUGGACCCCAGAAUCCACAAGCACAACAACUACCUUCUAACAGAUUUUUACAGCCAGUGCACAAGUGUGAUAUGAGUUUAACUGAUUUAUUAGGUGAAUUACAGCGAGAUCCAUGGCCUGUCGCCCAGGGUAAACGACCAUUACGAUCUACCGGAGUAGCUCUGUCUAUAGCUGUUGGGUUACUAGAGUGUACAUUUCCCAAUACUGGGGCUCGUGUUAUGUUAUUUACUGGUGGCUCAUGUACACAAGGUCCCGGUAUGGUUGUCGGGGACGAACUUAAACAUCCAAUCAGAUCCCAUCACGAUAUAGAAAAAGAUAAUUGUAAAUAUAUGAAAAAAGCUAUGAAGCAUUAUGAAAGUUUAGCCAAUCGUGCGGCUAAUAAUGGUCAUGUGAUUGACUUAUAUUCUUGUGCCUUGGAUCAAACUGGUUUACAUGAAAUGAAAUUUUGUCCUAAAUAUACCGGUGGUCAUAUGGUGAUGGGAGAUUCUUUUAAUACAUCUUUAUUUAAACAGACAUUUCAACGAGUAUUCUCUAAGGAUAGUAAAAGCGAAUUUAAAAUGGCAUUUGGGGCGUCUGUUGAAGUUAAGUGUUCUAGAGAAGUUAAAGUAUCGGGUGCUAUGGGACCGUUAGUAUCGCUAGGUGUUAAAGGUCCAUCAGUAUCAGAUACAGAGAUAGGGCUCGGUGGUACAUGUCAAUGGAAAUUAUGUAGUCUUUAUCCUAAUACAACUCUUGGUGUCUUCUUUGAAGUUGUAAAUCAGCACAAUGCCCCUAUACCCCAGGGAGGACGAGGUUAUAUACAGUUUAUUACACAAUAUCAACAUUCUAGUGGACAGAGAAGGGUUAGAGUAACAACAAUAGCUAGAAAUUGGGCAGAUGCUAGUACAAGUAUUCAACACAUAUCAGCUGGUUUCGAUCAGGAGUCCGCAGCGGUAUUAAUGGCUAGAAUAGCCGUGUAUCGAGCAGAAACAGACGAUGGUCCCGAUGUAUUACGCUGGUUAGAUAGAAUGUUGAUUAGAUUGUGCCAAAAGUUUGGAGAGUAUAACAAAGAUGAUCCCAACUCUUUCCGAUUUUCUGAAAAUUUUUCUUUAUAUCCACAAUUUAUGUUUCAUCUACGACGGUCCCAGUUUUUACAAGUUUUUAAUAACAGUCCUGAUGAAACCUCUUAUUACAGACAUAUGUUGAAUACAGAAGAUUUAACACAGUCGUUAAUAAUGAUACAACCUAUAUUAUAUGCUUAUUCCUUCCACGGUCCACCAGAGCCUGUGUUAUUAGAUUCUAGUAGUAUAACAGCUGAUCGUAUUUUAUUAAUGGACACAUUCUUCCAAAUAGUUAUAUACCACGGAGAGACGAUAUAUGAAUGGAGAAAACAAGGAUAUCACGAUUUACCGGAAUAUGAAAAUUUUAAACAAUUAUUACAAGCCCCUGUAGAUGAUGCUCAGGAGAUUUUACAAACCCGGUUUCCAAUGCCAAGAUAUAUCGUCACAGAAUGGGAUGGAUCACAGGCCCGUUUCUUGUUAUCUAAAGUAAAUCCUUCACAGACUCACAAUAAUAUGUAUGGAUUCGGACAGGAUUCCGGUGCUCCAGUGCUAACAGAUGAUGUCAGUCUUCAAGUCUUCAUGGAUCAUCUUAAAAAAUUAGCAGCUUCGUCCUCUUCUUGAUCAUAAUCAGUUCUUUAAUAUCGGCUUCAAAUAGGGUUGUCAACUAGUCAAUAUAAACUUCAACAGAUUCAAACUCGAGCUUUAUCGUUAAUUCUCAUUGUUGUGCCAUUUUAAAUUAAAAAUUUAAUUUAUUCAUUUGAUGUUUUCUUUACUCAUGACCAGAAUAUAUUCUGAAUAAUACCUUUUAGUGUAAUUUCUUCAAACUAGUUAAUAUGUUAUUUUUUGUGACCUAUUAGUCAUUACUGAUAAGGCAAUAAUUUGUAUUUAAUAGAAACAUCAAAUUUGGGUUUAUUAUCUAUUUUUGUCGUUAAAUGUGACUUCAUCAAAUUUAAUAAGAAAGUUUAAAGGAAAGGGGUCUUAGUAAAACGUAUUAUUAUAUUGUUUAAAACGAAAGUAGAAUAUUUGAUACUCUGUGACCGAUUGUUCCUAGAAGACAUAACUGGAUAACUGGACAACAGAGUGAACAAAAAUAUGUAAAAUAAAUUACCCUGUCCUCCUUUCAGAAUUAUUUAAUAAAAUUUUGAAAGAGAAGAGGAAAAAUUUCAUAUUUUGCUAAGAGACAUUUGAGGAUAACUGCACAAUAUCAAAUGAACAAAAGUAUAUACAUACAUUAAAUCAAAACAAAAAAUAAAAAUAAUUUGAGAAAAAUUUAAUUAAAGGAUGUGAUGCUACCAUAUUAUGAAAACUGUUGUUUCCGAAAAAAAAGAGUGUUUUUGAGAAUUCAGAUAUUGGUCCAAAAUGACAUGUUUAUAUAUAUGUUGUUGGGUAAAUUCUAGAAUUAAUUGUUAUUCUAUUGCAUGCAUUGGCAAUUUAUUUAAUGUAUCACUCGUGAAGCUAUGACCACAUUCUUAUUAUUAUUAUAAUAUUUAUAUUAUUGUCUAUUCUUUGUAAAUAAAAGAAUAAGAUAUAAUUUUAUUUGUAAAUAGGACUUAUCAUUUGUAAAUGAUAUUAUAGUUGUUGUCUAUUUGUAAUAUACAAACUAAAAAUUCAAAUUAAAAUCUCAUUUUCCAUCAA